UCCACCUUCAAGCUCAACACCAGCUCCAGCCUCUUCCGCAAGAAGAAGGGCAGCCGCUCGAUCGACGCCGGCGGACCCGAUUCCAAAUUCGACGUCUAUUGGGAUCUCUCCUCCGCCCGCUACGACUCCGGCCCGGAGCCCAUCGACGGGUUCUACGUCAUCGUUUUGGUCGAUUCCGAAAUUGCCCUCGUCCUCGGCGACCUGGCCGACGAAUCCGCAGUUCUAUCCAAGAAAUUGCUGAGGGCGGCGCCGGCCGCCGCCAAAGUCAGCUUGAUUUCGAGGCAUGAGCAUUGCUCCGGAAGCACUCUGUAUUCCACUAAAGCUCGAUUCUCCGAGACCUACGGCGAGCAUGAUAUCCUGAUUAAAUGCAGCGGCGGCGAGCAGAGGCAUCACCACCCUGUUCUCUCCGUCUGUAUCGAUAAGAAGGUUGUGAUUCGGGUGAAGAGGUUGCAGUGGAAUUUCAGAGGGAAGGGGCCAUAG